GCCAAGUGCGCGGACUGCCGUCCACACCAUCCCCUCCCCUCCAAAGCCAUGGCUUCCAAACUCCUGCGCGCGGUUAUCCUCGGGCCGCCAGGCUGGGGUAAAGGCACCGUAUGCCAGAGGAUCGCCCAGAACUUUGGCCUCCAGCAUCUCUCCAGCGGCCACUUCUUGCGGGAGAACCUCAAGGCCAGCACGGAAGUUGGCGACACAGCAAAACAGUACCUAGAAAAAGGUCUUUUGGUUCCAGAUCAUGUGAUCACACGCCUCAUGGUGUCAGAAUUGGAGACCCGGAGCACCGAACACUGGCUGUUAGACGGGUUCCCGAGGACAUUAGUACAGGCAGAAGCCUUGGACAGAAUCUGUGAUGUGGACCUAGUGAUUAGUCUGAAUAUCCCUUUUGAGACACUUAAAGAUCGUCUGAGCCGAAGAUGGAUUCACCCUUCUAGCGGGAGAGUCUAUAACUUGGACUUCAACCCUCCACAAGUGCUGGGGGUUGAUGAUAUCACUGGUGAGCCACUUGUUCAACAAGAAGAUGAUAAACCCGAAGCAGUUGCUGCCAAACUACGACGGUACAAGGAUGCAGCAAAACCCGUCAUCGAACUGUACAAGAGCCUCGGCGUGCUCCACCAGUUCUCCGGGACGGAGACGAACAAAAUAUGGCCCUACGUUUACACACUUUUCUCAAACAAGAUUGCACCUAUUCAGUCCAAAGAAGCAAACUGA